UGUCGGCGGCGCAUCGUUGUCGCUCCGGCGUUGAUUUCUUGCGCAGAUCCACUCGCCAUCGCCGUCGGGCGCACCUUGAUCUGCAUGCCCUCAUCGGAUCUAUCGAAUUGCUUAGCAGUACCUCGAAUCCAUUGUCGUGUCGUCUGGUCAUCGGAUUUGACCUUUUCUUGUACGGAUGCAUUUCGAUUUAGAUCUGAUACCGACUGUUGAGCGAUUGCUGUUUUGAAAUUUUCGCUCGCGUUAUUUUCCGAGACUGAUUCUGUGUUUGUUGCCCGCUUCUGUCGGCGCGGCGGCGGCGAAGUGAUUCUUUCUGGGCUGAGCUAGAGCGGUUGGGACCAUGGGGCUUACGUUCACGAAGCUGUUUAGCCGGCUCUUUGCCAAGAAAGAGAUGAGGAUUUUGAUGGUGGGUCUUGACGCCGCUGGUAAGACCACCAUCUUGUACAAGCUCAAGCUCGGAGAAAUCGUCACCACCAUCCCCACUAUUGGUUUUAACGUAGAGACUGUUGAAUACAAGAACAUCAGCUUCACAGUUUGGGAUGUCGGUGGCCAGGACAAGAUCCGUCCAUUGUGGAGGCACUACUUCCAAAACACGCAGGGUUUAAUUUUUGUCGUGGAUAGCAAUGAUAGGGAUCGAGUUGUUGAGGCAAGAGAUGAGUUGCAUAGGAUGCUGAAUGAGGAUGAACUGAGAGAUGCUGUGUUGCUCGUCUUCGCCAACAAACAAGAUCUCCCUAAUGCAAUGAAUGCAGCGGAAAUAACUGACAAGCUUGGUCUUAAUUCUCUCCGUCAACGCCACUGGUACAUCCAGAGCACAUGUGCAACCUCCGGAGAGGGCCUUUAUGAGGGUCUGGACUGGCUUUCCAACAAUAUUGCCAACAAGGCUUGAGGCAUUUGGGGAUUUUCAUGGGCUUCUCAGCAUGGCACCAGAAGCACGCGGUCCGUAAGGGAUUAGUUUUUGUUUUGUUGUCGGUAUACUAUUGUAAAAGCUCAAUUGGUUGCUUCAACUUUAUAUGUCAUGCGACAUGGGAUUGCAUUACUGCUGUUUUGGCCAACACUUUUAAGCGGUAAAAGUGACUCGCAAGACCUUUUGGAUUUCCUGGCAAGGUUGACAUGGGGUUAACUGAGCUGUAUUAGGAUUUUGCAGAAGUUCAAGUGGAUGUCUAUCCUUGCGACCUCGUA